AUGCGUGGGAGCUUGGAAGGGUGCCAGGAACCCAGUGGAAAAAUCUUACAUUUUGGUGCCGAAACCCAAGAGGAGUUGUCCACGGGGGCCGCUCCUCCCCAUCUCCCCGAGAAAAGCCUCUGUGGCCGCUCCACCGGUCCGGACAGCCAGGGCUGGAUAGAAGCCUACCCUACCACUCGGGAAACAGCUGAUACAGUUGCUGCUCUCCUCAUCGAGCACAUUGUCCCGCGCUUCGGGUUGCCUGCCUCCAUCCAGUCAGACAACGGCCCUGUCUGCGUCUCCCAGGUUGUGCAACAAGUUUCCACCUCGCUGGGCAUCACCUGGAAGCUUCACAUCCCAUACCAUCCUCAGUCAUCAGGGAAAGUUGAACACACCAAUGGGAUUCUCAAGUCACACCUAACCAAAAGUACCUUAGAAACAAAAAACUCUUGGCCUACACUCCUCCCAUUCGUCCUAGCUAGAAUCAGAGCUGCCCCUAGGGAGCUGUUAGGAUUAAGCCUGUUUGAACUGCUCUAUGGUAGGCCUUUUCUAAUCAACAAUAAUUUACCUGUUUCUCCUCCACCUCUGGCCUCCUACCUGCCCUACCUUUCCCUCCUAAAACAUCUCCUUAGAGAAUAUGCUGACCGAACCCUCCCGCCAGUAGGAGGACCACAAGAAGCAGACCACACAAUUCCUCUCCAACCAGGGGACCAGGUAGUGCUCAGGGAACUGAAGACCAGACCACUCCAGCCUAAGUGGACGGGACCCCAUACAGUAAUACUCACCACCCCUACAGCAGCCAAGCUUUUAGGCCUUCCCUCUUGGGUUCAUGUCUCCUGCCUUAAACUAGCCCCGGCUAGCAGCGAGUGGUCGGCCAAAAUCCUGGGAAACACCAGGAUCUGUUUUACCCAGAGCCCAGCUUCCCACCAUGACUCCCCUUUGGGCCACUCUUCUCCUCCUUCCUCUCCUUAACCAGACGAUACUAGCCAGCCCACGGCCUAAACUGGAAAAGGCCCUUGAUUCCUCAGUUACCUCGUUGGCCUCUCUGCAGAGACAGAAGCGGUGCUGCUUCUACCUAAACGAGAGCGAUAUAGUACAAAAAAACAUCAACAAAUUACGAAAUAUACAGGACAGACUCCGCCGGGAAAAUUCCCAAACCAUGUUGUCCUCGUGGUGGAAAAACCUUUCCACCUGGUUGGCCCCAAUUCUGGGGCCCCUUCUGAUCAUAGGCAUACUACUAAUGCUUGGUCCCUGUUUUGUAAAGUUUUUACAGGCACGAAUUCAAGAAGGCUCCCGGGUAGCAUUCAGUCAAAUGCUCCUUCACCCCUAUCCUCCUAUCCCAACUGAACCACCGGCCUCUGAGCCCCAAUCCCCUUGACGCCCCCCAGGUCAGCAGGAAGUAGGCGGAAGGAAACAUCACCCCAUAUCAUAUCAAAGAGGUCGGAAUGGUGGGUUGGACAGGAUAUGAAAAGGUUAACACCCACAGCAGGCACCAAAGAAAACUGCAAGCUAAGCAAUCGCCAAAAUAUUCCUGGCAACAAGUGCCUAAAUGGUUGGCCAUUCUCAGUCUGCCAUGGAGACUACAGCACCCAAUCUGCCUAAGACACGACAAGCCUUACCCCACCUAGAUGUAUAAAAAAAUCUUCCCACUCUACCCUGGGCGCAACUUCUCUGGACCAGGAACCUCGCCUGGAAGUGCAGCCUCAAUAAAAUCCUGUUUUUGCCCCCUUA